UCAUUUAUUCCAGAAUGCUGCAAACAAAAGGCUGUACAAUUGAUUGUAUUUCUUCUUCAGUGCACAAAAAGGCGUUUGAAAUCUUGUCCUUAAGCAAUGAGAUAGAAAGUACAGAACAAAUUAAAAAAAGCAUCAUAGAUGGAAAAUGCAGUAUUUCUGUAUAUCAGUACGGAUUAUGUGUUUGAUGGUAAACGUCCACCUUAUAAAGAGAAUGAUGAGCCUAAUCCCUUAAACCAGUAUGGGAAAACAAAACUUGAAGGAGAAAAGGAAGUGAUGAAUGUUAAACCAGAUAGCUGUAUUUUACGUAUACCAGUCUUAUAUGGAGAUGAAGAAUACAUUGGAGAAAGUGCUGUAUCAUCUCUCAUAAAGAAUUUAAAACAGCCAGUUCCCACAAAGCUGUCUAAUGCUGAAAUCAGGUUUCCAUCACAUACUAAUGAUAUUGCUUCCAUCAUCUUUCAGUUAAUGCAGUGCAAAUUAAAGGAUAUGUCCUUAAAUUCUGUUUUUCACUGGUGCGGAUUAGAACCUUUUACAAAGUAUGAAAUGGCAAAAAUUAUUGCUGAAGAGUUUUCCAUCUCAUUCUCCCACAUUAUACCAGAUGAGACUCCAAGUUCUGCUCCACGACCGAAAAAUGUCGAGCUUAGUUGUGAUAGACUGAAAAAAUUAGGGAUAAGCCAGCAUACAGUUUUUCGUGAUGGAAUAAGACAAAGUUUUAGGAAAUUCUUUGAAGAAACAGAACUGUAAUAUUCACUUUGUUUAUUGUUUUGUUAUGAUUAAAUUUUGUUCAAAUUAUUAUAUAAAAUAAAAUUUUUAUGACUGUU